AUGGUUCUCUUGAUAAUUACCCCUACAAUCUUCUCUGCUCUGGAAAGCGUUCUUCCCUCUGUUCGCGAUGAGCUCUCUCUGCCGGCCCCAGUCCUCAAUGGAGCCAUCUCUCAUAUUCAAUUAAUUGCUCUUUCACAAAAACUAUCUUCUCAUGGGAAGGCUCCUUCGGAAGGUGCUGAAAAGUCAAACAGCAAGCAACAUUCUUCCAAAGAUCAAUUUGAGACGGCUUACUCUCUCAAUUCCCUACUCUGUGGAACCAAGCUGUACAUUUCCCCCCCUCCGCCCAAACCGACUCCUAACCCUGAAUACCUUGCUCUGAAAGCUCGUCUCCAGGCAGAAGCGCAGGAGAAAGAAUACAAAUCUUAUCUUCAACGGCCAUCCGAAUCCCAGUUAAAAUGCCAACCUUCGGCAAUCUUCUCGCCCAAUGUAGGCUCGACACCACUCUAUUCUCUACGCGCGGACGAUACACUCGAUGACCCGAUCACACCAUCACUAGUCCUCAAUAUUUUCGUAUCCGUCCUCUUCACGGGUUUUGCUACAUACUGGGCUCUCACAAAUUUUCGGACUCCGCACUUUUUUAUUACCAUGUUAACAUUCACCAAGAAUAAUAUUAAUCUUACACACGCACGUAAUUACCCUGGUUCUGUAUACUCACAACCUAGCAGAGUGUUUAUUUCGCUCUUGGCGGCGCUGAGUGUUGGCGUGGCAGAGGUCGUUGUUUAUGCAGCAUAUCUAAGGAAGGUCGAUCGUGCGAAAAGAAAAGAAAAAUCCAUGGUAGAGAGAAAAAUUGUUGUCGGUGAGGUUGGUGCAGCAUUAUUAAAGAAAGAUAUAGAUGCUGAGCACGUAGAAAUCGUGGGAGGAGUUGAAAAAGAGCAGAUUUGGGGAAAGGGAGUGAACGGUGGUGCAAGGCGGAGAAUAAGGGAAAAGUGGAAUGACCAGCAGCAUGUCGAUUGA